CGGCGUGAGAGGGCCACAGCGGGUUCGGGCUCUGGGGCCCCACCGCCGUCGAGGCGGCGCGCGCGAAGAAAGAGUGACGAUUGAACCCAGUGCAACAAUGUCAGAAGAAGAGUUUGAGUUUGGUUGUUUGGAGUGGGAGAGAAGGAGGAAUGGGUAGUGUAGCCAAUAAGCUUCACAGUAAAUGCCCAUUUGGACGCAGACCAAGGUUAGCAAGAAAACUUUAUACCUCACCAGCACAAGUCUCUCUAAAUGUAGCUAAGACGUUCUCAGAAAAGAAGGAAGUCUCUUCAAAAAAUAUUGAAAAUAAAAUCUCUUUAAAGAAUACCGAGAAUAGAAUAUCUUCAAAGAGUAUUGAAAAUAAAGAUAUAAAAACAAAUCUACAGUCUAAGCUAUGGUCAUCUUCCUUCUUAAAAGAAAGCACAGGUAGAGUUGGCAAAGAUGCAGUCAUUGCAGAGCAGGCAAAAAAUAAUGAAUAUUGCCUUCAAGAUAUUGAUGAUAAGUUGUCCAAAUCAACAGAUGAUGGUGGUAAAGAUGAUACCAAUGGUGAAGAUAAUGAUGAAGACAGUAACCCUAAUAAGGAUACUCAUGCCCCAUUAGAGUUAAUGGCAGAAUUCCUGAGAGCAGAAAUGAACCAAGACUAUCAUUUGGCAAAAAAAUUAUGUCAGAUGAUUCUAAUCUAUGAACCAGAAAAUCCUGAGGCCAAGGAGUUUUUCUCACUUAUUGAAGAAAUGUUGCUGAUGGAGAAAGCUCAAAAUCUUGAGGAAGAUGAUGAAGAUAGUGAAGACGACAGUAGCGGUGCAAGUGAAGGGGAGAGCAGUGAGGGUCUAAGUGAAGAAAGCUCCGACAAAUGUGAAGAUGGGUGAUGAACGCUGCCGCUAUGGUUUACUCUUCGUGUAUUUUCAUUUCUGUAUAUCAUGGAAAUAUAAAGAAGAGAGCUGCAUUUUGCUCUAAUUGUUCUUUAUUUGGUACAGAGUUCUUUUAAUUUAUCCAAGUUAGUUUGAGUUCCUUCAUAAUAUUUAGGUUUUACUUUAAUGUGAGUUACUCAGAGGAAAAUAGUCAAUAGAAAACACUUACAUAGCACUAACUAUGUGCCAGGUACUGUUCUACAUACAUCAAUUUACUUAACCCAGCAGACCCAUUAGGUAAGUACUAGUAUUAUCCGCAUUUGACAGAUGAGAAAACUGAGGUACAGAGAAGGUGAGUAGUUUGCGCAGCAUCAUACACCUGUUGAGUGGUAGAGCCUGGAUUUGUAUGUGGACGUUAUGGCUGCAGAAUCCAUACUCUUAGCCCGUCCCUUGACCACCACUUCAGGCACUUUAACCUCCUUGGUUUUAUGUUCUUUAUGGCAUGUAUCAGUACCUGAAAUUCUUAUUUAAUAUUCGUUCUUGUCAUCUUUUCCCUUUCUGUCAGAAAAUGUAACCUCCAUGAAGUAGGACUUGAUCUUUUUCAGCAUUAUGUCCCUAGCAACUGGAUAAGUGCCUGGCAAAUAACGGGAUAUAUAUACCAGUGAAUGAGUGAAUGAAGUGAAAGUUAGUGAAAAUGUUUAUAGUCUUUCAUGAAACAUUUGUAAGACUUUAUUACACUUUUUAUGUAUGAAUCUACAUUAUUUUGCUGAUUCUGUAUUCCCUGAUGAAUUUCUGCCACCUUCAAAUUAGGUUGUAAGGUAACUGAGGUAAAAAUGAGAAAAAUAUUCCUAAGUAAUUUGUUUUUGAGUGUGCCAGUCUGACUUGGGGGUAGGCAUUUUGAAUUUUUAUUCUUAUAUUAGCACAAUAUCAUGUCAUAUCCAAAAUGCUUGCAACAUAGUUUAUUCUGUGGGCAUUUUGUAGCCUGCUAACACUCAGAGGAAAAAAUUCUGCACCAUUUCAUGGGAAUGACUGAAAGAAAUGAAGAUGGGUAUGUAUAAUCUUCUAGUUACAUAAAUAAUCAGGUAGCACUGGAGGGCCGACUGACACAGACCUCGGGAAUGGUUUGUUCUUUUCAUUUGAGGGUUCAUUACUCCUCUGCACCACAGGAAAACCACCAUAUGUCAAUAUGAUGACACUUAUCUGAUUAUGGAGCUCCCCCUACCAUAAGAAGUGCAUAAAAUACCCUAA